AUCGUAGUAGCUUCCGCCGAGCGAGCUGAGAGCCACGCGGCGCGCGGGCUGAGCUGCACUGGGCUGGCAGCGGUUCUCUCCCGGGGUCCCGGACCGCCGCCUUCCGCGCCCAGGGGCCCGGACCCAAGAACCUGGUUCUCCUCUCCCUGGAGCUCCGUUUACCGCCCCCAGACCCAGGCUCCCGAGGCCUCCGCUUGCAGGACCAGGUACUCCAGGUCCCCGCCUCCCGGAUCCAGGCGUCCGGGAUCUGCGCCACCGGGACCUGCCCCACGCGUCCUCCUUCCCGAGCCGAGGAGCCCAGUCCUGCAGGAACUCCCUGACCCCCACUCCCACAGCCAAAAAACCCAGCUCUCGGGCUCCGGACACAGUUGCAGAGCAGGGGAGCCCCAGCGCCGGCCUCACGACCUCAGACACUCCCAUCUGCGAAGAACCAGGAACUUGGGCGCCGUGAACACGCGCCAGGGACCCUGCGCUCCAGCCCCCAGCUGCUACCCAGCUCCGAUCUAAGGGACGUCGGCGUCGUCCGAGGCAGAAGCCCCGAGCCCGCCCGCUUCCAGGCUCUCAGAAACCCCGGGGUGUUCACGAUGGUGGCCGAUCUGCCGACGGGAGACUCCACGUGGCCGGCCGCGAAGCCCCCCGCGAACGGGGUCCCGGCGUCGGUGCCCAAAGAGGACCCCGGCGCGGCGGGAGGCGGCGGCUGUUCCCGGGACCGGGUGCGCCGCUGCCUCCGCGCCAACCUGCUGGUGCUGCUGACCGUGGUGUCCGUGGUGGCGGGCGUGGCGUUGGGGCUGGGGGUGUCCGCGUCCGGCGGCUCGGCGGCGCUGGGCCCCGCGCGUCAGGCGGCCUUCGCCUUCCCCGGGGAGCUGCUGCUUCGCCUGUUGCGGAUGAUCAUCUUGCCGCUGGUGGUGUGCAGCCUGAUCGGCGGCGCCGCCAGCCUGGACCCGAGCGCUCUGGGGCGCAUGGGCGCCUGGGCGCUGCUCUUUUUCCUCGUCACCACGCUCAUAGCGUCCGCGCUCGGCGUGGGCAUCGCGCUGGCUCUGCAGCCCGGGGUCGACAGCACAGCCAUCGGCACCGCCGCCGGCAACGCCUCUGUCCCGAGCGACGUCUCGAAAGACACGGUCCCCAGCAAGGAGGUGCUGGAUUCCUUCUUGGAUCUUGUGAGAAAUCUCUUCCCUUCCAACCUGGUGUCCGCAACCUUCCGCUCAUACUCUACCUACUACACAAAGGACAACGGAACCUAUGUGAAGGCGGAGGGUGAGGUGGAGGGUAUGAACAUCCUGGGCCUGGUGGUGUUUGCCAUCGCGUUUGGCGUGUGCCUGCGGAAGCUGGGGCCCGACGGGGAGCUGCUCAUCCGCUUCUUCAACUCCUUCAACGACGCCACCAUGGUGCUGGUCUCCUGGAUCAUGUGGUAUGCCCCCGUGGGCAUCUUGUUCCUGGUGGCCAGCAAGAUCGCGGAGGGGGACGACGUGGGGAAGCUCUUCGCCAAACUCGGCAAAUACAUCCUGUGCUGCCUGCUGGGCCACGCCAUCCACGGGCUCCUGGUGCUGCCCCUCAUCUACUUCCUCUUCACUCGGAAGAACCCCUACCGCUUCCUGUGGGGCAUCGUGACACCGCUGGCCACCGCCUUCGGGACGGCCUCCAGCUCCGCCACUUUACCGCUGAUGAUGAAGUGCGUGGAGGAGAAGAACGGCGUCUCUAAGCAUAUCUGCCGCUUCAUCCUGCCCAUCGGCGCCACCGUCAACAUGGACGGAGCCGCGCUCUUCCAGUGUGUGGCCGCGGUGUUCAUCGCCCAGAACAAGCAGCUCCCCUUGGACUUCGUGAAGAUCAUCACCAUCUUGGUCACCGCCACAGCGUCCAGCGUGGGCGCCGCGGGCAUCCCCGCUGGAGGCGUCCUCACCCUGGCCAUCAUCCUUGAGGCGGUCGGUCUGCCUGUUGACAUCUCCUUGAUCCUGGCUGUGGACUGGCUAGUGGACCGGUCCUGUACGGUCCUCAACGUGGAAGGCGACGCCUUUGGGGCGGGCCUCCUCCAGCAUUACGCGGAUCGGACGAAGCCCGCGAGCUCGGUGCCCCAGCUGGUCGAGGUGAAGACGUGUGUGGAUCCGAUGCCCGUCCCCAUUGAGGAGGGGAACCCCCUCCUCAAAAGCUACCGGAGACCUGCUGCGGAUGCUGACGGCUUCGAGAAGGAAUCCGUCAUGUAAGCCCAGUCGGGGCCUUCCCUGCCGAUGGGGCACUUUGGACAUUCAGAUCACACGAGAUGGAUAAAGGGACGCAGCGGGCCCUGGCGACCCUGCCCGUACACUCCGGGGAGCCAGGGGCCCGGCCUCCCUCCCCUGCCCAGAUCGGUGAGGCUUUGCUGCUAGGACCUGCGUGUAUGUGGGUGUGAAUGUCUCCCCAAACCGCCCUGAUCGCAACUCCUGCCCCCACCCAAGGUUACGAAACAGCAAAUGGAGAAGUGGCGUCCUGGCCCCCCCAUCUCAGGGCGUGGCACAGGGCACAGGUCGCCACGUGGAACUGUGGCCUCUUUGAUGGGACGAUCCCACCUGUGCUGGCUCCUUUGCUGAUUAUUUUGGUGGGUGUGGGUGUGGGUGUGGGUGUGUGUGGGUGCUGUGACCCCACGGUAUGCUCCACCCUGUCCCGGGAACUCUGGGUAGGGGGAGACUGAGGACAAACACUACUGUCACUCCAGAGGACAUUUUUUAGCAAUGCCAUUGCCAAGCCCUGACCAGUUUGUGCAGUGGUUAGAGCGUCUGUCCCAUGGACUGAAGGGUCAUGGGUUCGAUUCCAGUCAAGGGCACAUACCUCAGGCGCAUUCAGGAGGCAAUCAAUGGAUGUUUCUCUGUCUCUCCCCCUCCCGUCCACUCUCUAAAAAUCAAUGGAAAAUAUAUCCUUGGGUGAGGAUUAACAAAAAGAAAAAAAAGUUGUCAAGUAUAUCUAAUCAGAUGUUUUUAAGAAUUUGACUAGAAGCACUAGCCACACGGGAAUAAAAAACAAACAGGAUAUGCCCUAACCGGUUUGGCUCAGUGGAUAGAGCGUCGGCCUGCGGACUGAAGGGUCCCAGGUUCGAUUCCAGUCAAGGGCAUGUACCUGGGUUGCGGGCACAUCCCAGUGGGGGCUGUGCAGGAGGCAGCUGAUCGAUGUUUCUCUCUCAUCGAUGUUUCUAGCUCUCUAUCCCUCUCCCUUCCUCUCUGUGAAAAAUCAAUAAAAUAUAUUAAACCAACCAAACAAACAAAAAAAAACAGGAUAAGUUGGACUUCAGGGAAAUGUCUGUCCGUCAACACUAUGGGCAACUACCAGGAGAUGCCAUGCACGCCUACCGGGAUGGCAACAAAGACACACCACGUCCUGUCAGGCAUGUGGCGCAGCUGGACAGAGCCCAUGCAUUUCUGGUGGCAAUGCAGAAUGGUCCAGUCACUUUGGAAAGUGGCUAGGCAGUCUUGUCUUUAUUUUUAGAGAGGGAGAGAAACAUCUAUUUGUUGUGCCACUUAUUUAUGCAUUCCUUGGUUGAUUCUCUUUUUAAAAAAAAUAUAUUUUUAUUGAUUUCAGAGAGAAAAGGAGAGGGAGGGAGAGAGAGAAACAUCAAUGAUGAGAAUCAUUGCUUGGCUGCCUCCUGCACGCCCCUGCGGGGGGUUGAGCCUGCAACCUGGGCAUGUGCCCUUGACCGGAAUCGAACCUGGGACCCUUCAGUCCGCAGGCUGAUGCCCUAUCCACUGAGCCAAACCGGCUAGGGCCAUUGGUUGAUUCUUAUUUGUACCCUGACCAGGGGAUCAAACCCACAACCCUCUAACCAACUGAGCCACUUGGCCAGGGCGGCUAAGGCAACCUUAUCAGAAUAAAACACACUUCUCAUACAGCUCAGGAGCCCCACUGCUGGGAAGUUACCCAAGAGAAACGAAAGCUUCUGUUCACACAAAAACCAGGGUACAAAUGUUUAUAGCUGCUGUCUUUAUACUUGCCAAAAUUCAGAAGGAAGUCUGGUACAAUCUUUGGAUAAACUGGUACAAUGAUCAUUAUGCGAUUGAAGGCUGCUUGGCAAAAAAAAAGCAAGUACUGGUACACAGUUGAUCCUCGAACAACACGGGUUUGAGUUGCGACGGUCCACUUAUACAUAGAUUUAAAAAAUAAAUACCUGCAUUGUUUUGAUCUGUUGGGAGUCUGGAUGUAGAGGGCUGACUGUAUGCAUUGCUCUAUGUCAUAUACUAGAUCAACGCAUACAGGGAGCUUGAAUGUCCAUGGAUUUCCGUAUCCAACGGGGUCCUGGAACCAGUCCUCUGGAUACUGAGGGACAACCUAAGUUCUGGGAAAAUCAAGUUUGACUUAUGGGGGGGUGGGGCCCCUAAGACCCCUGUUAUUCAAGGUCAACUGUACUCAACAUGGGUGCAUCUCACAGGUAAUAUGUGGAGUGAAAGCCAGAAACAGUACUUACUAUAUAGUUCUAUUUACAUGAAGGCCUGGGACAGGAUAGAGCAGUGGUUCUCAACCUUCUGGCCCUUUAAAUACAGUUCCUCAUGUUGUGGUGACCCCCAACCAUAAAAUUAUUUUCGUUGCUACUUCAUAACUGUCAUGUUGCUACUUCAUAACUGUCAUGUUGCUACUGUUAUGAAUCGUCAUGUAAAUAUCUGAUCUGCAGGAUGGUCUUAGGCGACCCCCGUGAAAGGGUCGUUCGACCACCAAAGGGGUCGCGACCCACAGGUUGAGAACCGCUGGGAUAGAGGCACAGCGGUGGUGGUCUUUCGGGUGCUCGGGGACCGGGAGGGGGCGCAAGGGAACCUUCUGUGGUACAGCCGGUGUGACGUGUCUUGAUAUGGGUGAUGCUCACACAGAUGGGAACGUUUGGAAAAAUCAGUGAACCCGUGCACUUACGUGGUGUGCAUGUCUCCUGUGCAGAUUAUCUUCCGGUUACAAAUGUUGUGCAUCUCAUAGGAAGAAAUUCCUUGUCGCUGUGAUCACUGACGUAAGAAGGCGGGUGUCCCUUGAUAUCCGAACGCUCACUGCAAAUAGUCCCAAUAACGAUUUGCUCUUUUAACCCCAAAUUUGUUAUUUAAAUAAAAAACCCCUGCUGUGCAGCUAGUAGCCCACUGUACACCGUGUCUCUAGACACAAGCGGCGGACCCUUCCCCACAUGCCAGGCGCCUCUAUAAAAAUAUUUUGCCUAAGUGGCAGCCCUGACCAACUUUUAAAUCAUUUUUCGGGAGAAUUUUCAAGAACACCCGAAUUGUGAGUAAUAUAUUUAUUUUUAUGAUAUUCAUUGCAAAUUGAUUUUUUU